UCGAGCUAUGUUUCUGUUCAAGAUGUCUAAAGUCCCAGCUCUGAAGAGUGAAUAGAAGGUCUAAAACUUGUACUGUAUAUGUACGGCAAGAAAGGGACAAAGAAAGAUUGGCAAAAGAGGCAGAAUUUAGCAAGAGAUGGAUCAAAAUAAAGAGCUACAGGAAUUAAAAUCAGAAUUGAACCAGGCUAAUUCUCUCCUACAAGAGGCUCAUAAACGUAUUAAAGAACUUGAGAAGGAUUUAGAUGAAGAGAAACAAAAGUCGUCCUCUAUAAUGAAGCAGAGUUUAAGGGAAAAAGAAGAAUUACUGGUAAAGAUUAGUGCACUUAAACAGGAACAAGGACAACACAAAGUAAAAGAUUGCCAAGAUGCUUCAGUUCAGUUUGACUACCUUAUACCUCAUUCAGAUUCACUAGACUCUAGCUUCAUUACAGUUGGAAGUAAACUGUUUCACUUGCAAGGAGACACUCAUCGUUCAUUCCAAUGGGAGAAAUAUGGAUUUAGACUGCAUUGUCCCGAAGGAGCAGUGUCCAAGGAUACUGAAGUAGCUGUUACUGCAAUAGCUGGUGGUAAUUUUAUAGUGCCCAAAGGUACUAUGUUAGUCAGUGCAGUGUAUGCAAUAUCAGUGUCUAAGCCAUUACUACAACCACUGGUAAUAGAGAUGCAGCAUUGUGUUGACCUUAGGUAUGAAGGUCAAACGCGUUGUCUUAAGUUUGUGGAAACUCCAAUGAAAUAUCCUUACCAGUUCAUUCCUAUUGAAGGAGGAUCCUUUCGCGUUGGGAAUAGAUAUGGGUCUUUGACAGCAAUCAAAUUCUGUUUAAAUGCUAUUGUAGCCGAGAUGAGUAACGGAGAUAGAGACAGCAGUAAAAAUUUAGAGACACCAUCUGAAGAUAGUAAACAUGAUGUGAUGGAAACUGAUACUAGUGGAGUUGAUGGUGGUCAUCAAUGAAUAAUGAAGAUUGCGUAUCAGUUAAUGAUUGUACAGAAGAUAUUAUUGUACACAAAGAACAAAUUAUGAUUUUGUUGAAAUUAAUAAAUACAUUGAAGUAUUCUUUUCUUUAUUAAUUUUAUAUGCAUCAUAAUCUAUAGUAGUGAUGAUAUCAAGUUUGACAGACACAGUGAUGCAUGAACAUGUUUAUUCCCAUCAUAUUCAAUGUAAUUUGUCAUAGUGAA